CUUUUGACUCAUACAGGAGAAUGUCAUCUCUGCUUUGUCAUUGAGAGUACACAAGUACGACAACCUCAUUAACAGCCAUAAUUGACACAAUGGAGAACUUUGAGUUCAAUGAUUAUAAUGGUGAUUAUGAAAAUUACUCGUACGAAAAUUUUACAGCGGAAGAAGUUAUUGACAACAGCAGCAAAUCGUGUUUCAAUGAUGUGUCUUGUGUGACUGUCGUGGUCGUGAAUGUUGUCAUUUUCUUGCUGGGGGUUUCUGGGAAUGGAAUAGUUAUCUGGAUAUCAGGUCUCAAGAUGAAAAGGUCCGUUAACACCUGCUGGUAUCUCAGCCUGGCAAUCUCGGACUUCAUUUUCUGUACCUGUCUCCCCUUCAACAUUGUGAACAUGGCUACUUCUGCCUGGCCAUUUGGGCUGGUCAUGUGCAAGUUCACCUCCUUCAUCAUGUUCCUGAACAUGUUCAGCAGCAUCUUCCUCCUGGUCAUCAUCAGUGUGGACCGCUGUGUGUCUGUCGUGUUCCCCGUCUGGGCACAGAACCACCGCACAGUGAAAGCAGCCUCUGUACUGGUCGCUCUCGCCUGGAUCGUCUCUGUUGCUCUCAGUGUACCCUCAGCUAUUACACGUGACAUAAAGGUUCAUGGAGACAAAACCAUUUGUCACAACAACUUUGGGAAGGUAAUGCUUAGUCAUCAGACUAUUGCUUUCAGUCGGUUCGUCUGUGGGUUUUUAAUCCCUUUUGUGAUCAUCACCCUCUGUUACACCAUCAUUGUUCUGAAGCUGAAGAGCAGCCGAAUGACCAAAUCCUCCAAACCUUUUAAAGUCAUGUCUGCCCUCAUUGUGACUUUUUUUGUAUGCUGGUUGCCUUACCACAUCUUUAUCCUGCUAGAACUAAACCACCACAACCACAGCAUUAAAAUUUUAACGGCUGGGUUGAUGGUGAGUGGUACUCUUGCCUCUGCCAACAGCUUUUUGAAUCCAAUUCUUUAUGUGUUUAUGGGCAAUGAUUUCAAACAGAAAUUCAAGAACUGUUUGUUCUCGAAAAUUGAGAAUGCCAUUGGUGAGGAUGGCCGCACAACCAGUCGCUAUCUAUCACGGUCAAGCUCGGUGGAACGCAAAGCUUCCACCCACAUCUGAGGAGGUUAUUGAUAUCUCUCCAUAGAGUAAAGGCAAAUUGUAUGAAUAUCACCUAGUGGUGUGAAAGAGUAACAAAAAAUUAUUUAUGACUGAAAUUGUUAACUGAC